CGCCGCCCUGGAGCUCCCCACCACCACCACCACCAAGAGGUUCGCCGCGAGGAGCCCCGGCGCUCCCGGUCCGCCGGAAGGUGGCUUUUUCCAGGAAGGGCUCGGAAGGCUCCCUCCGGUUCCCGACUCUUCCGUUUUCUACCUCUAGGGCUUCGCGCGGCCGUCGCUCUGAGCCCCCCUCUUUCCGGCGCGGUGAUGUCAUCAGCAGUGGCCAGGGACUGUUGCUGGGGCAACGAGCGGGGACGCGGCUGGCGGCGGCGGCGGCAAGGAUGCAGCUGCGCCACGUUCGGACUCUGCUCCCCCCGCAGGACGGGGCGGCCAAGGUGACGUGCCUGGCCUGGGCCCCCAACAACGCGCGGUUCGCGGUCUGCACGGUGGACCGGGUGGUGCUGCUCUACGACGAGCAGGGCGAGCGCCGGGACAAGUUCUCCACCAAGCCGGCCGACCCCAAGUAUGGCCGGAAGAGCUACGUGGUCAAAGACAUGGCCUUCUCCCCAGACUCCACCAAGAUUGCUGUCGGGCAGAGCGAUGGCAUCAUCUUCGUCUACAAGAUUGGCGAGGACUGGGGUGAUAAGAAGGUGAUCUGCAACAAGUUCAUUCAGACGAGUGCCGUGACAUGUUUGCUGUGGCCAGAGGAGAACACCAUCGUCUUUGGGCUGGCAGAGGGCAAGGUUCGUUUGGCAAACUCCAAGACCAACAAGUCUUCUACCAUCUACGGGACAGACUCGUAUGUUGUGUCACUGGCAUCCAACACCACUGGGAAGGGGAUCCUCUCUGGGCAUGCAGAUGGAACCAUCGUGCGCUACUUCUUUGAUGACGAAGGCUCGGGGGAGUCACAGGGCAAAUUGGUGAUGCACCCAUGCCCCCCCUACGCCUUAGCCUGGGCCUCCAACAGCAUUGUGGCUGCUGGAUGUGACAAGAAGAUCGUGGCCUACGGGAAAGAAGGGCACGUGAUCCAAACCUUCGACUACAGCCGAGACAUGUCUGAGAAGGAGUUCACGGUUGCGGCCACCGGUCCUGGGGGCCAGUCUGUGGUGAUUGGCAGCUUUGACAGGCUGCGGGUGCUGAACUGGAGCCCUCGCCGGAGUGCUUGGGAAGAAGCCAAGCCCAAGGAGAUCCCAAACCUCUACACCAUCACCGCCCUGGCCUGGAAGCGGGACGGCUCACGACUCUGUGUGGGCACCCUGUGUGGGGGAGUGGAGCAGUUUGACUGCUGCUUACGCAGGACCAUCUACAAAAACAAAUUUGAGAUGACCUACGUGGGCCCAAGCCAGGUCAUAGUGAAGAAUCUCUCCACGGGGAUGCGGGUAGUGCUGAAGUCCCACUACGGGUAUGAAAUUGAUCAGGUGAAGAUCCUGGGCAAGGAGCGCUACCUGGUGGCCCACACCUCAGACACCCUGCUUCUCGGCGAUCUCGGCUCCACCAAGCUCAGUGAGGUGGCCUGGCAAGGAUCGGGUGGGAACGAGAAUUUUUUCUUUGACAAUGAGAACGUCUGCAUGAUCUUCAACGCGGGGGAGCUGACUCUGGUGGAAUACGGCAGCAAUGAGAUCCUGGGCUCUGUGCGCACGGAGUUCAUGAACCCUCAUCUCAUCAGCGUCCGCAUCAAUGAGAGGAGACCUCGAGGUGCGGAGGAGAGCAAGCGGCUGGCCUACCUGGUUGACAUCAAGACCGUUGCUGUGGUGGACCUCGUGGGCAGCUGCAACAUCGGGACCAUCAGCCACGACAGCAGAAUUGACUGGCUUGAGCUGAACGAGACGGGCCACAAGCUGCUCUUCCGAGACAAGAAGAUGAAGCUGCAUUUCUACGACAUGGAGAGCGCCACGAAGACCGCCAUCUUGAGCUACUGCUCCUACGUGCAGUGGGUCCCAGGGAGUGACGUGGUGGUGGCCCAGAACCGCAGCAGCCUUUGCGUGUGGUACAACAUCGACACCCCCGAGCGAGUGACCAUGUUUCCCAUGAAGGGAGACAUUGUGGACCUGCAGAGGGACCAUGGGAAGACGGAGGUGAUGGUGACCGAGGGCGUCAACACCGUCUCGUACACGCUGGACGAAGGGCUCAUUGAGUUUGGAACCGCCAUCGAUGAUGGGGACUAUCAGCGGGCUGUGGCCUUCCUGGAGACCCUGGAAAUGUCUGCCGAGACAGAGGCCAUGUGGAAGACGCUGAGCCGGCUGGCACUGGAGGCCAAGCAGCUGCACAUCGCAGAGAGGUGUUUCGCUGCUCUGGGGCACGUGUCCAAGGCCCGAUUCCUCCAUGAGACCAAUGAGAUUGCAGAUCAAGUGGCAAAGGAAACGGGCGGGGAUGGCACCGACUACUACCAGGUCCGCAUCCGCCUGGCCAUGCUUGAGAAGAACUACAAGCUGGCAGAGAUGAUCUUCUUGGAGCAGAAUGCAGUGGAGGAGGCCAUGGAAAUGUAUCAGGAACUCCACAUGUGGGAAGAGUGCAUUGCGGUGGCCGAAGCCAAAGGUCACCCUGCCCUGGAGAAGCUGCGCCAGGGCUUCUACGAGUGGCUGCUGCAGAGCCAGCAAGAGGAGCGGGCCGCUGAGGUGCAGGAGGCUCAGGGCGACCUACCGGCGGCCGUUGGCCUCUACCUGAAGGCUGGCUUGCCAGCCAAAGCAGCCCAACUGGCCAUGGGGCGAGAAGAGCUGCUGAGCAACACAGACCUUGUCAACCGUAUUGCCACCGCCCUCGUGCGUGGGGACCUCUUUGAGCAGGCUGGGGAGCUCUUUGAGAAGAUCCGGAACCCUCAGAGGGCCCUGGAGUGCUACCGCAAGGGCAGCUCCUUUCUGAAAGCGGUGGAGCUCGCUCGGGUGGCCUUCCCAGCAGAGGUGGUGAAGCUGGAGGAGAGCUGGGGUGACCAUUUGGUGCAGCAGAAGCAACUGGAUGCUGCCAUCAACCACUACAUAGAGGCUCGGUGUGCGGUGAAAGCUGUGGAAGCUGCUCUCGGUGCCCGGCAGUGGAAGAAGGCCGUCUACAUCCUAGACACGCAGGACCGGAAGAUGGCAGCCAAGUAUUACCCCAAGAUCGCCCAGCACUAUGCGGCCUUGCAGGAAUACGAGAUAGCAGAGGAGCUCUACGUCAAGGGAGAUGCCAUCAAGGAUGCCAUUGACAUGUACACCCAGGCCGGGCGUUGGGAGCAGGCGCAUAAGCUGGCCUCCAAGUGUAUGAGGCCGGAAGACGUGUCCGUGCUGUAUAUCACGCAGGCCCAGGAGAUGGAGCGGCAGGGCAAGUACAAGGAGGCGGAGAGGCUGUACAUCACCGUCGACGAGCCGGACCUGGCGAUCACCAUGUAUAAGAAGUGCCGGAUGUACGACGAGAUGAUCCGGUUGCUGGCCAAGUACCACAAGGACCUCCUGAGCGACACCCACUUGCACUUGGGCAAGGAGCUGGAAGCCGAGGGGCGUUUGCCGGAGGCCGAGUACCAUUACCUGGAGGCCAAGGACUGGAAGGCGGCUGUGAAUAUGUUCCGCGUGAACAACAUGUGGGAGGAAGCCUACCGGGUGGCCAAGGCGCACGGGGGAGCCCAUUCCCACAAGCACGUGGCCUUCCUGUGGGCCAGGAGCCUUGGCGGGGAGGCGGCCGUCAAGCUCCUCAACAAGUUUGGGCUUCUGGAAAUGGCCAUCGACCACGCAGCGGAUAACAACAUCUUUGACUUUGCUUUUGAGCUGGCCAGGCUCUCCAUGAAGCAGAAGCUUCCCGAGAUCCAUUUCAAAUACGGGUCUUUCCUGGAGGACGAGGUGGGUGAGGCCUGGUGUCUGGGGGUGAGCGGGGUGUGUGUGCUUGCGUACGCCCAUGCCCAGAACUGGGCGGCCGCUCAGCGCGUGGCCGAGGCCCAUGACCCCGACAGCGUGGUCGUUGUCCUGGUGGGCCAGGCGGACGCUGCGUUCAAGCAGAAGGAGUUCCCGAAGGCCGAGGCCUUCCUCUUGCGGGCUCAGCGCCUGGACCUGGCCGUCAAGCACUACAAGGAGGCCGGUAUGUGGACCGACGCCCUCCGGAUCUGCAAAGAGUACUUGCCUGGGGAGCUGGAAGCCCUGCAGGAGGAGUAUGAGCGGGAGGUGGCCAAGAAGGGACCCAGGGGCCCUGAGGGCAUCCUGGAGCAAGCCCGGGAAUGGGAGCAGGCCGGGGAAUAUGCCCGAGCCGUGGACUGCUACUUGAAGGUGCAGGAUCUGAGCAACCGGGCCCUGAUGGAGAAAUGCUGGAUGAAGGCCGCUGAACUAGCCAUCAAAUUCCUCGGCCAGCCUCGGAGCGUGGAGGUGAUGCGGACGGUGGGACCCCAGCUGGUCAGCAUUGGCCAGUUCAAUGUGGCAGCCGAGCUGUAUCUCAACCUGGACCUGAUCAAGGAAGCCAUUGACGCCUUCAUGGAGGGAGAAGAAUGGAACAAGGCCAAACGGGUGGCCAAGGAGCUGGACCCCCGGUACGAGGAGUAUGUGGACCAGCACUACAAGGCGUACCUCAAGGACCAGGGCAAAGUGGACUCGCUGGUGGGGGUGGACGUGAUGGCUGCCUUGGACUUGUACGUGGAGAGAGAAGAGUGGGAGAAAUGCCUGGAGACGGCAGCCACGCAGAACUACAAGGUGCUGCACAAGUAUGUGGCUCUUUACGCCACCCACCUCAUCCGGGAGGGCAGCUGGGACAAGGCCCUCCGCCUCUACAUCCAGCACGGCACGCCGGCCAACGCCCAGAAUUUCAACAUCUACAAGCGGCUCUUUGUGGAGAUGGUGAACGAGCCAGGACUGAACCGGGCGGAGGCCUACCACAGCUGGGCUGACCUGCGGGAGGUCCUCUUCAGCCUGUGCGAAAACCUGGUGAAGUCCAGCGAGGCCAAUACCCCUGCUCACGAGGAGUUUGAGACCAUGCUGCUGGUCUCUCACUACUACGCCACACGGUCUGCAGCCCAGAGUGUCAAGCAGCUGGACACAGUGGCAGCCAAGCUGUCCAUUUCCUUGCUGCGCCACACGGAAAUUGUUCCUGCAGACAAGGCUUUCUAUGAAGCAGGGACGGCGGCCAAGGAGGUCGGCUGGGAGAACAUGGCCUUCAUGUUCCUGAACCGCUUCCUUGACCUGACGGAUGCAAUUGAGGAGGGCUCCCUGGACGCUUUGGACCACUCGGAUUUCCAGAACACGGACAUCCCCUUUGAAGUCCCCCUGCCAGCCAAGCAGCACGUCUCGGAAGAGCAGCGCGAGGAGAUCCGUGACUGGGUCCUCACCGUCUCCAUGGACCAGCGGCUGGAGCAGGUCCUGCCCCGAGAUGAGCGCGACACCUACGAAGCCUCCCUGGUGGCCGCCAGCACGGGCGUGCGCUCCCUGCCCUGCCUCAUCACAGGCUACCCUGUGCUGAGGAACAAGGUGGUGUUCAAACGCCCUGGGAAAGAAGCCAACAAGGACAGCUGGAACAAAUUCCUGAUGGCUGUCAAGAUGUCACACAGCCCCCCCUGCCAGGAUGUUCUCAAAUUCAUCGGUCAGUGGUGUGGUGGGCUGCCCGGCUCCAGCUUCUCCUUCCAGUGACCCAGACGUCACACUCCGGACUCUCGGCUGCCCCUUUUUUGCACAGUCUCCUUUAUCAAUAAAGAUA